CUUGCUUGAGCUGGUGCUUGAUGCCACGUGCGGCUAGCGCCUGCUUCCAGGGAACGGCCAGCAGCAGCAGCAGUAGCAGCAUCGCCGCCGCCGCCGCCGCUCCUCCUCUCCUCGACGCUGCAGCACCAGUCAUCUUCGUCGUCGCCGGCGCAGCAGUCAGUCACCCGCGGACACCAUCGAUCACCACCACCCUCGUCGCGCACUUCACUGUAUUAUGCCCUCUACAAUCUCGCGUAUUAAUAUCAAUAUUACCGAUCGACUGCCAAAACACACGACGACUUCGCACCAGCUUCUAUACAAAUCAGAUCGAGAGGGAAUGAGCGAUGAGCUGCUGCUGCGCCGACGACGACUCGGUUCUUCCUUGGCUACUCGGUUGCCUCGACAUCCUAAGCUAAUGAGCCCAAUGGGAUCGCGAAUUCGUUCGUUUCUUUUCGACGCGACUCGCCGUUCGUUCGAGGCUGCAACAAUAUAAUAAGCUACGAUAACAUCAAAUAUAUAUUACAAGUAUACCGGCGACGGCGGCUCGCGCGAGAGGGGAAGCGCACGCUGCAAGCGCCGCAAGCGAACUGACUCCUCGAGUCUCUCGGGCGGCCUCACUGCCGGCGCGCGCGCGCCCCGCAAAACGCCAUCUCUCUCUCUCUCACUCGCUCUUCUGUUUUCUUGCUCUCUCUCUCUCUCUCUCUCUCUCCUCUCCGAAUCUCGUCGCCGCCACCGCUGCAAGGUGGACCGGCUAGUAAAGUAAAGCGACUAGCGAUGUUCCGACUUUCCGGGAGAGGUGGGCAGUCAAUGAACGCCGACGAUAGCGGCUGUGUUGUGUAUGCGCAUAGCCGACGAGGCGAUGGACCGUGAGAUCGACGCCGUUUGGAUGGGAAAACUUGAGAUGGAUCCAAUCGACGAUUUCACGGUAUAGCGGCGGUUAACCAAUGGACUUAUCAAGUCUAGAGAAUCAAGACUCAUUCAGACUUUCAACGCGCCGGAGACUCCUCAAUGGACUUUUUAAGCGUUUUCGAGGAAUCGUUUAAUUUUCCUCGAAGUCGGGGCACUCGGACUGCCGAAAGGAAGAAAAACAAGCACAGGCCACUGUCGUCAAUCGCGGUUUGUUUAUUUUGAACUCGACAAACCCUAAUGAGCUGGUGCCGAGGGAGACUUGAUCAACGAAUUUUAUCAGAAAAUUAAACCAUCCAUUGUAAGACCAUUGUCACCAGCCUCUCGACAAUCGUCACGCAUUACAAAAGCACUUGCCGCGGCGCUCAUCGGAGAGGACCUCGUUCCGAGUGCCAACAUCCAGUGUUAAAACCUCGAGAACGAGCGAGGAAGAAAGAAAGAAAGAGAGAGUGGAGAGUAUAUGGCCGUCCCAUCCAAGUGCGUUGGUCCCGCGCACUGGCCCCUUAAAUCAGCGGAGGCCCAGCCAGUGCCGCGGCGAGCGCAGGAUGUAGUUUCGAAAUGUCGGACCGAAGAGCCUACACCGUCACGGUCAGCGAAACCCGUAUGAUGGACCCGGCACGAGCGGAGGCUGUCCUGGGCGUCCUGUACGUAGCCUCGGCCGCGACAUCGCUCAUCUCGGCGGCGUCGCUCGUCGUGGCCUGGCAGCACUGGGCCUGGACCCUCGACGUCUGCAUCAACUUCGACUGCGGCUGCAUACUCUACGGGGUCAACACCUUCAGCACCUUCAUGGGCGGCGACGUCAAGCUCUGCCACUACGGCUCCUUCGGACUGAUACCCGCGAUCAUCGCUGGGAUCGGCCUGGGAUUCUAUCAUGGCUACCGGAGCUGUAUUCCCAGGAGUCUCAGCGAACCAAGGGCCCUCGCCGUGGCGAGGCAUCGCCACAGCAGAACAAGCUUGGACGGCCAGGUGGUGGUGAUCGGGCCGAGACAGCGAGCGCCCUGCAAGCAGUGGAUGCCCGCGGCCUUCAUCGCCGUCCUCAUCUGCUGCCUCUCGCUGGCGCACGCGGUUGUCCUCACCGACGGCUACUACAAGACUUGCGAGCAGUACCGGCGAAACCUGGUUCGACUCCUCAACUCCACGGGACAGGAACUGCAGGCGAUCCACAACAGACUGAGCUGCGGAGCCAUCCUCGACUUCAUGGACUACAUCCAGCCGGACGCUAACAAUUGGCGACGGAGCGACGCCAUCAACACGGGUUUGGCCCUGCAGCUCGCUAUCGUCAUGUCCUGGCUCAACUUCUUCUCCUGGGUCACGAUCUUCCUCGUCAACAUCAACAUGGCCAGGCAGAGAUUCAAGAGCUUGAACGAAAAGAUGUGCUGCUGCUGAUGACGGCCUCUAGAUUAUUUUAUGCGCUUCUGCUUCGUUACCGAAAUGAUGAAUUUUAAUUUACUGCCGUGCUGUGAAGUCAGAUGUAGUUGUGUAUUAGAAAAUUAUGAGUGGAUUUAUUAGAGGUAAUCAUGUCGCCGUAUCGUAUACCUUGGACUGUAAAAUGUGUAUUGAAUGUUGAUUGAAGCAAGUUUAGUGUUCUAAGAUGUACAAUAAUUGAUAAGAUUUUCACGUUAUAAUACAGUUUAUUUCUCAGCGCUUUGUACUUUAUACAUAUAGAAUAUACAAUAAUGUUUGACUUUGUAUACACACACGCCUCUACUGGACCAUGAAAAAUAUCCUCGUUCAAUUUUUAUCCUCGUACUUCGAUAAAAGCAGCUAGACAAAAUAAUUUCGCGAAAAAUCAACUUUCACGCUCUUAUGAGUCUAUAGAUCAAACGCCUUUCUCCCUCCAACUCCCGCAUGUGUACAGAAUAAUCUUUAUUUAUCCUUCCUUCAUUUUUCUUCUCUAUAAUAUAAUAUAUUCAUAUAAAUUCUUCUCUUUCAUAUAAUAUAUGCAUAUAAGGUAGAGUGAUUGUAAUUAAUAGUGCAUUCGUAACCUAUUAACCAUACACUUAAUCGUAAUACAAAUUAACAACGCUCGAAAAGUCGCAAAAGCGAUUUUCAUUUGUCGCGCACGCCUAUAACAGUAAGGAUGCUGCCUAUUAUCAAAAUACAUAGCGUGUGCAACGAUCUUCUCAAAUACGAUAACACACUUGAAUAAUGACAUCUCACUCGUUCAUUUUCAUAGAGAAGCUUCUAAAAGCGCACGCUAAACUGCAAACGCAGAAAAUCUGAUGGGUCGAUUACAGAGAUUUUUGCUACAUAUUUAUUAUAAUACGGAUUGUUAAGCAAUAAAUGUUUUCAUUGCGCUAUCGAA